AUGGUUGCGGGCAACAAUGAACACUACCCCAUGGACGACAUCACUGUGAGGACCCCAUGUGAGCUUCUUACUCCAGUGAGGAAAAUGGUCAAAGCAGUGGCUCACGGUAUUGCUGAAGUACCGUGCGCCGCCUGCGGGUGCCACCGCAACUUCCACCACCGGCUCCCCGAGGAGCCGCCCUCACCGCCCCUCCUCGCGUUGCCUCCUCCCCUUCCCGUGCAGCCAGCUUCGGUGCCGCAGCACGUGAUGCGUGAGGUGCCGGAGGACCGCCUGCCGGCCGCCUUCGAUGAUGAAGAGAUCGACGAGUCGGGCGAGGGGUCGGACUUCGACGAGGAUCGCCUGUUGUCGCCGUUGUCGGCGCCGGCGAUGGGGCUGCCGGGAUACCUCCAGCCGGCACCGCACAUGCUCCUCGUGCUGAGCACCGGCGCGCCGGGCGCCUCGAUCCCAGCGGUGGUGCCAAGGCCUCCGGCCUCCCUAGGCCCGAUGCCGGCACCAGGUGCCGCUUCGGCGGCAGCGCGGAAGCGGCUCCGCACCAAGUUCAGCCUGGAGCAGAAGCAGCGGAUGCAGGUGCUAUCAGAGCGGCUGGGGUGCCAUUUGCAGAUGGUUUGUUGUCAGGGAGGUAGGGAGGAGGGAGACCUAGGGGAGAAGUGGAGAUAG